CAGGCGGCGGCCGAUUAGCUCAGGUUUACAUCACCCGGCCGAGCCGGAGCCGGAGCCGGAGCCGGGGCGCCCCGGGACCCGGGACACCUGCGUCGGAAGCGGCGGCGGCUCCGCACCCGGGAGGCCGUGGCGGGUGGAGGCCAGAGCUCCCACGGACGCCGAGCUCGGCCGCAGCGGAGCUCCGAGACUCUGAGCUCGGGCUCCUGUGCUGCACGAGGAAAGAUGCGAGCCACCCCUUUGGCAGCUCCUGUGGGCCCUCCCUCCAGGAAGAAGCCGUUGAAGUUGGAUGAUGACCUAGACACUCAGUGUCCCCCCCGGAAGCAAGCUCGAAGUGGACCCCAGCCCAGGCUGCCCCCCUGCCCUCCGCCCCUGAGCCCACCUCCUGCUCCAGCCCGUGCCCCUGCUGUGACCACUCCCUCCAGGCUUGGGCCCUAUGUCCUCCUGGAACCCGAGGAGGGUGGCCGGGCCUACCGGGCCCUGCACUGCCCCACAGGCACCGAAUACACCUGCCAGGUGUACCCGGUCUGCGAGCGCCCCAAGGUGCUAGAGCCCUACUGGCGGCUGCCGCCCCACAGGCACGUGGCCCGGCCAGUGGAGGUCCUGGCAGGCGCCCACCACCUUCACGCCUUCUUCCCGCGGCCCCGCGGGGACAUGCACAGCCUGGUGCGCCGCCGCCACCGCCUGCCCGAGCCCGAGGCCGCCCGGCUCUUCGGCCAGAUGGCCGCCGCCGUGGCGCACUGCCACCAGCACGGUCUGGUCCUGCGGGACCUCAAGCUGCGACGCUUUGUCUUCACCGACGGGGAGAGGACCAGGCUGGUGCUGGAGAACCUGGAGGACGCCUGCGUGCUGACUGGGCCGGACGACUCCCUGUGGGACAAGCACGCGUGCCCGGCCUACGUGGGGCCUGAGAUCCUCAGCUCGCGGGCAUCCUACUCGGGCAAGGCGGCGGAUGUCUGGAGCCUGGGCGUGGCGCUCUUCACCAUGCUGGCCGGCCACUACCCGUUCCAGGACUCAGAGCCUGCCCUGCUUUUCGGCAAGAUCCGCAGGGGCGCCUACGCCCUGCCCCGGGGCCUCUCCGCCCCGGCCCGCUGCCUGGUCCGCUGCCUCCUCCGCCGGGAGCCAGCCGAGCGUCUCACAGCCUCGGGGAUCCUGCUGCACCCCUGGCUGCGAGAGAACCUGACCCCCCCAGUCCCAUCCCGAGCCCACCUCUGGGAGGCUGACCAGGUGGUCCCCGAAGGGCCAGGGCUGGAGGAAGUGGAGGCAGAGGAGGGAGAAAGGGAAGCGGGCCUGUAUGGCUAGGACUCCCCUACCCGACUCUCAGCUGUGAACUGUGGAUUGAGUUUGGGGCGCCCCCGAGCUCUCUCCCGCCUCUUUGAACGGAGAUAAACCCUAAGUGCCUUCUAGGAGGGAGGAAGGAGGAGGCGUGUUGAAGUGUGCUGUAGGCACGCCUGUGUGGCUCGCACGCCUGUGCACACGGGCUGGUGCAUUCGACACGUCUUUGUGGGGAGCUCACUGUGUGCCUUGUUCCAGGUGCUGAGAACACAGCUGUGAGCACGAGACAGAACUCCUGCUCACGGGCUGUCUGUCCUCUUCCACCCCACAGGCCAGCGUCUGCCCUGGGCCGGGCACAGUCAGUGCAGGCGACGGCGUCCACGCGUGCUGGCACCCCGCACUGCUGUCACGGACAGUCCCUUUCCCGCCCACCCAGCGGCCUUUGUAUGCUGCGCCUGAGAGGAAGGGAAGCGUCCCGUGCCAAAGCCCGCAGGCCCUCCCCUGCACCUUGGGCCCGGAGCCCAGGCCCUGCUGCGAAUCCGCUCCAGCAGCUGUGUCCCCUUGGCCAGAGGAUCCUCUGUCCGGUCUGAGCCAAGGAUCUGGGCUGGAAGACCAAGAGUUCAAGCUGUGAGGCGGGUCCUCCUCCAGCUCAAGGAGUGGUUUGGAAUGAGGGUCCAGGCCUGUCCGUCUCAGCAGCCCGGGACCUGAGCUGCUGACUGGAGUUGGGGGACAGGACUUGGUGGGGCCUGCCCCUGGCCUCCUGGAAAGGCCUAAGUCCAGUUCUGGGGACACUUGGGGUCCAGAACCCCACAUCAGCACUAUAGGUUUUGGAUGCUCUGAGAAUAUAUUUUUACCUUGUGCCUAAUAAAGGAGUUAUGGAAUA